CAGCAAUGGCAAAAUUGCACGGCGGGCCGUCAUCUCCAAUCGUAAACAAACGCGACGGAUGUAAACAAACAGCCGCGCUUCACCACAAAAUUCUAUCUUUCGCAUCCAAAAAUGGGAAAAAGGAGAGAUAAUAAUGUCGAAAAAGAUGUCGAGAUUCCCCCUGAACCAUCGCACUCGCGGAAGCACAAAAAGCACAAAAAACACAAACGAGCCCGUGCCCAGCCGGAACCCACCUACGAGGUGGUCGAGGAGCAGCAAGCGCUCGACGAAACCAUGGAGGUGGUGGAAGAAAUCGAAUACAUGGAAGCCGAUCCCGAGCCGGAAAUAGUGUCGGAAGUGGAAACGGAACUGCAAACCACAAUCGAUUCGAACGCCUCCCAGCUCGACCUGCUGAACGACUCGCAACUGUCCCAGCAGCAGAAGGCACUGUCCCCGGGGAAAUCGCUCGCCGCCAUGAACAAAGCGGCACAGAAGAAAGGCCGCAAACGGGGCCGAGAGAGUGGCACCUCCAGCGAGGAGGAGCGCUGGCUCGAUGCGAUCGAGUCCGGCAAGCUGGAGGAGGUGGACGAUGAGCUGAAGAAGAUCAAACCAAAGGACCCGCGGCUGAUGACGGCCCGCCAGCGGGCAAUGUACGAGCGCGGCACGGACAAGGAAACGGCCCCCGGGGUGGAGCUGCUCAUGUCCCUGCCGACCGGGUACAAGGAAAAGGUCAUGACGGAGGAAGCCAUCCAGAAGGCGCAGCUAAAGUCGCAAAAGCGCAAACAGAUGGCGGACGAGAAGCGGGAAAAGGACAAAAAGAAAACGAUGGAACGGUUGCUCAAAAAGCAAGACUCGAAAUCGGUAAAAGCGAUCAAAAACCGCCCGGUGAAGGAGAAGGUACCGAUGAUCACGUACAUCAACAGUGCCGAGGGUGGAUCGAUCUCGCUGCCGCCGGAGGUAGAAUUUCCGCUCGCCAAACAGCCACCCCGGGAUCCGCCGAAGCCGACGCUGUGUGCCGUCCCGAACUGUAACAACCUCAAGCGGUACAACUGCUCGCGCACCAACAUUCCGCUGUGUAGCUUCAAAUGUUACAAGGCGAACGUGGAAUCAAUAAAACGAAUCAUCUACUGAGAAGGGCGUAAGAAGGCA